AUGAAUGUAAUUUUGGAAUUGAUUAUUCAAACUAUGGCUAUUAACAAAUUUUUCUCUUAUCAAUUUGUUAUUGGAAUAAUUGAUGUUAAUGGUAAACAUGUCAAAAUUAUCUAAAUAAAGACGCGUGUACUUUUACAAUAAAUCCAACUAAUUAGAAUUCUGUUUAAUCAUGUGCAUGGAAAAAUGGUGCUUGUGUUGCUGCAGAUAAUCUUUUUUCAGAAAAAAACAUGUUUCCUCAAUACAGAUUAAACUGCUAGAUGGAGCUCAAACAAUGAGGAUGGUUAUUGCAUUCCUUGUAGUACUCAAUUUAAUUAACUGCUUGUUCCAAGAAAUAAAUGUUUAUGCGCCCAGAUAUUAACCUAAUGUGAAUGUAAUUUAGCUAAUUACUAUUGGAAUUAAGGGUUUUGUAUUUAAAGUGGUUGUCCUUAAAUCCAACUCUAAUGUGUUUAAAUAGCAGAAUGCUAUUGGCUUUAUGACUCAAAUUACUCAUAAGGAGGUUCUUGUAAAUUUAUUCUAAAUCCAAUAUUACCAGAAUUUUGCACUAAACCUCGAGGAAAGAACUCCUUAGAAUGUCUAUCUUAAACAUCAUUAUGUCCUGUUUCUAUUGAUGGAGUUUGUCAAAGUAGAGAGCAUCUAUAACAAGCAUCUAGUCUAUGUAAUUAUGUUCAAAUGGAAUUGGAUAGGAAGGAUAUUGCAAAAAUGAAAAUUAAUCUUGUUAAUUAUUCAUCAGUUGUAAUUAACAGUUUAAGGUGAAUGCUAUUUGUUUGAUAAAGCAUGUUUAUCAAAUGUUACUUCAUGUAAAUGUGAGUAAAUGACUUGUGAAUCCUAUCCUUAAACAAAUUGUUCAUUUGUAUAUUAGAAUAUUGACAGAGCUAAUAUAGAAAUAUGUGUUUGGAAUGGCAAUAGUUGUUCUCCUGCCUCAUAUCUUAUUAAAUAGGAUUCAUUUCAACAAUGCUACUAAACUACUGGUGGAACUUAUCAUUGA